AAAAAUAUUUGUUCAAUAAUUUGCAUGUGUUUGUGAGUAAUAUUGUACUCCAUUAGGGAUUUUUUUCCGAGGAUUUUUAUUCCGAUACCGUUUAAUUGUAAAUACACGUAGGUACACAAUUAGUAUUUUGAUAAAGAAUAUAGAUGAUACCUAAUCAUUUAUUUUUGAAAUAUUCAUCCAUGUUUAUUCAACGUAACGUACCUAUUAACAUUUAAUCUAUAUUUCUUCUUUUUGCAAGGUUGCAGAUUAAGUCAGGGCAUGUUCAUUGUUUAGUGUUCACUGUACAUAUUUUUUUGGUAAAAAAUUAUCAGGAUAGAAUUGACUUGAUUAUUUCUUGGUAUUAUCCACAGAGUUCGCUUCAAUUUCAUGAGGGUAGGUCAAUUACACAUAAUUCGACAAAAAUCACUAGGAAUAAAGCACUUGGUAGGUGCACCUAAAAAACGACCAGCCUAUUUAUCAAUAUUCUAUGUAACUAAAACCGGUAAAAUAAUGAUAAUAAUUGGUAAAAAACAAGGAGGGCUUUGAUAUCCAAAAAAAUGAAUAUCAAAUAUUGUACUGACUAGUCCGGUCACUAGUCACAACUAAAUAUUACACCCUUCACACAAAAUGUUGUCCUGGUAACAAUGGACGCAAACAUUAGACAUUUGAAUAUCAUGCAACUCGUCCAGAAACAUGAUUACUUAGUUGACCAUAUAAGAUACAAGAACAGCAAAUUAGAAAGUGCUUAAUCAGUAUAAUAUAUUAUUUUUAACUGAAAACGAAUUAUGUAAUACAAUAAGUUUAAAAUGACAGGUCAGUUGAAAAUCACUAGUAGGGUCAUCAGUCGACAAUUGGGACGUAUUAGACGAUUUGAUCACUAUAGAUGAAGGCAAACGAAAAGAUCAAGAAAAAAUGAAUAAUGAGGUGCGAAGACCGGCAUCAUCGACCACCACAAGGAAAACGACAACAGACGAUUGGCUGGGACUGCGGCCGAAAAGCAACGCGGAGAUGACGUCGUACGAACCAUCGUCACACGGCCUUGGAGGGCAAAAUGUAUCGAGGCGCCAUGACUUGAGGCGACAGAGCACGCAACAGCGAACGUCGGGGAACCGUUCGGCGGGCUUGUUGUUCAGCGACGACGAUGACGACGACGACAACGACGGUAAGAAGAAUAAGACUGCCAACCGAAACGUUUUUGACUCGUUCGCCGAUGCCACGUACCAUAGUACCGGUGUAAGUGCUGUACCGUUACCAACCACAACCACAGUCAAUUUAGACGCCACCUCGGCCGCCGACCGAACGUGGACCGCAGUUUCCGAGCCACUGACGUUAUCUAAACGCCGAGAGACGUCACCGUCUAUUAUCACGGUCGCCAAGAAAACCGCGGCAGUCUCAGAAAAUAUGCCUUCUUGGUUGAGUGGUUUAAAACAUAACACAGACGAAGCGACCACCCUGUCUAUCGCUCCUCCCCCUACUACUCAUCAUAUUUCGUCCACUGGCAAAAUGGCCGAUGCAAAUGUUGCGCAGAAAACUGCAGAGAAAGUUGAAAACGAAAUCACCGAAGAAAAAUCGUCUUCGAUUUUGUCGUUGCUUAGAGGAAAAGACAGUAUCCAAACUUCCAUGUUGGAAUUGAUCCGAGAGCUGGCUAAAAAAAAACAAGACAUACAGCAGGCUGCAAUAACAUUGAUGCAAGAGCAACAAAACAGCGACCUCCUAAUUAAAGCGUUCUUAAUGGAUAAUAGUUAUUCUGUAAUGAAUCCCGAUAUUCAAGAGUUAGAGCGUCUGCGGUCUGAGAAUCACAAAUUUCAACUGACGAACGACCAUCUUUCAAAAACACACGAAUUAGAAUUAGAUGCUUUAAAGACUAAAUAUGAAUUACAGCAAAAUGUGUUGCAUGAAAAGCUAGAUCGUUAUGAGGAGCGUGUAAAUGAGCUGAUAGAAGAACGAAAAUCCGAUAUGACGGAACGAAAAGAAAAUGAAAAGCGCUUAAAAGAUAUGUACGAGGAGAGGUUACGCGAGAUGCACGAGAGUCAUUUAAUAGAUCUCAAGCAAACUACAGAAGUUCAAAGGAUUAAAAUGAACCACUUGGAGGAAGUUGAAUCUUGCUUACGUGAUUCAAAGCCAAAGCGUCUGACCAGCGAAGAGAUGACCGCUAGAGAGAUUUCAAUUACCGCUCAAAACAAACAACUUAAAGAUUUACAGGAAGAAGUAGAUAAGCAGAUGGCCACGUUGGAAGGAGAAAGAUCAGCUCUUCAAAUGAAAAUUGAAGAGUUUCAAUCAAGAAAUCAACGAGAACGAAAUGAACUGGAACUCUUAAAUAAAGAGCUAAAACGAUCUAUGAAGGCAUUUGAGGAUGGUCGCAAGACAUGGGAACGUGAAAAAAAAUCAGAAACACAAUAUAUCGAAGGUCGCAAGCAAGAGUUGGAAGAUGUUCGUUCGUCAGUCAUCGAAGAACAGCGCAAGUUAGCAGAAGAACGUUUUGAAGUGGCUUCGGAACGAUACAGACUCGAAACCAUGCUGAAAUUAGAUGCCGGUACGGGAACCGAUUUGAUACAAGCUAAAGUGGAACUGAAAGAGAACUUUAAGGAGCUAAAAAGAAAAGAAAAAGAGUUAGACAAACGAUUAGAACAUACAAAAGAGCUGGAAAAACGUUUAGCCGAUGAAAAAAGUAGAUUGCAAGAACUGGACGACCAAAUUAAAAUGAAAUCAAUUCGUGCUGAAAAAAUGUUUAAGAUGGCUCUUUCAAAACAAGAAGAAGGUCUGAAGGCUUUAGAGAAUGCAAAAGAUAUUCAAAAUAAAUUCGAUAAAAAAGGUAAAGAUAUUCAAAAUCGACUGUUGGACGUUAUAAAACGUGAAGAAAAUAUUGCCAUGGAAGAAACUAAAAUAGUCAAAGAAAAAGAUGCGUUUAGCAAAUUACGAAAAAAACUUGAUCUCGUUCUACCUCAACUGUCUGGAGACGAAAUGCGUUUUUUAGAUCCUAAGUUAAAUAAAUAUGAAGCUGAAAAGGAAGUAUACUUCAAAAAAACUCAAUUAUACUAAUUAUAAGCUUUGUAAUAAAUGUUGAUGUAUACAUAACUCAUUAAUGGGUAUGUAAUUGUAUAAUUUUACUGAGAAAAUAUGAUCUAUACAUGAUCAUUUCAUUACUAUAUCUUACUCAACUUUUCUUUUUCUAUAUACUUGCCUGUUACCAUAUAUUAAUAUUUGAUCACUAAUAACUGUAAAUAAGUAAAAACAAAUUAAUUAACCAAUCACAAAAUCAAAAUAACUCAACAAACGUAUUUAUAAGAUUUAGAAAUUUCUGGUUACAUAGCUGACUAUAAAUAGUUACAUUUGGUUUUACUUUUAAACCUUAUAGUCUAUGGUUUUAAUAUGUUAAUAUGUAUUAUGUAUUUCUAACUUUAAAGCAAUGUAGAAGAGUAAAAGUAGUAUUGACAUAAGUAACUUGGGAUUACCUCCCGUUAAAAACAGAAUUAAUCAUAUAAGUCAAAUUCAACAGAACCAUCACACUUUUCUAUAAAUGUUUUCACUUACCAUUUAUUUUGCAUUUAAGUCAUUAUGGCGAAAAGGCUAAAAACAUAUUUCAUAAUUUUACAGAUUAUGUACAUAUAAGAACCCUACAGUCUACACUUAGUUUUUUAAUAUUUUAGCAAUAUCAAGUGUUAUGUGAUAAAAACAACAAAGAUAUUUAUCAUUAUAAUUUGUUUUUAUAUUUCUAUAUAAA